AUGGAGUUCAUGAGCAACAUCUCGUCGGGAAUCGACGACAAUAAACCCAGUUUGUUCGAACUCGUCUCUGAACAACAGCUCCGUGAUCUAUUGGAGCCGUCUAUAAGAUACCUUCUCGCCAUAAUAACCCAACGAUAUCCCCGAUAUCUAAUUCACAUCGUCAACCGAUUCGAUGAAGCCUACGCUAUUGCUAUGCUCCUGGUGGAGCGACAUUAUUUGAAAGCCUGGAAUGGCAGUUUUACGGAGAACUUCUACGGCAUCAAGCGGGAGAGGGUAUUGACGGUGAAUGAACUACCAUCAACAAACAGAACGGCACCGGGUUCGUUGAGGGAGGCUACAAAAUUGGGCGAAUUGGACAGUUGGAAAGCAUUGUUUGUUAUCGUUGGAGUACCAUAUCUCAAGCGGAAACUCGAUGAUUUAUACGAAAUAAAUGCCGGGGGAGCAGCACAUAACCUCUUUACAAAUUACCGACCGCGGGAGGAGGAACCGGAUGAGAAUGCUACCGCUACAGAGAAGAUCAUGCAUAAGCUGAAAAUUGGGUUCCGAAAAGCAUAUCCAGUGAUCAAUGCUGCAUAUUAUCUCUCCAUGCUGGGUUUCAACCUAGCAUAUCUCUUUAAUAAAUCAUAUUAUCAUACACCGUUCGAUUAUAUGGUGGGGUUGAGAAUGCGAAGGCUUACAGAGGCCGACCAUCGGGCAUACCAGUUAUUGAAAGCGAAAAACAGGAAGCCGGGCCUGGCUCCCAUCCUUAGCUGGUGGACUAUGUUCUCGCCAAAAGUAUUCACACGAGUCAUUUUACCGAAGCUACUAGACUCCCUCAAAGUCCUUCUUCCAACAUCGAUAUUUUUUCUUAAAUUCCUUGAAUGGUGGUAUGCAUCAGACUUCGCACGCCAGCUGUCAUCGAAGACGUCGGCGGCAAUCGAACUAUCGCGACCCUCUGUGCCAGCACCACCGCCAGCAGAAGACAAACGCAAGGAAGCGAGCAAGAAGCUUGUGGAACUGCCAAAGGACUCAAAGAUUUGUGCAAUCUGUAGCAAUGAGAUGACAAACCCUGCUGCUAUCCAGACCGGGUUUGUAUUCUGCUACCCUUGUGCAUAUAGAUGGAUCGAAGAUGAUGUGGGGCCAUGGUGCCCUAUCACGGGUGCUAAGCUUCUUGGUGGAUCGGAGGGUCUGCGACGGAUAAUGGUAUAG